GUGCUAACUGUCGUGAAAGCACAUCGACGGAGAAAGACUUGAGCAAGACGCUAAUAAGUCAGUCUUAUUAUUUGUUCUCCAGUUUGAAAUAUUUACGUCGUAUAAAAUACAUAUUUGAAUCUUUAUUCAAGGGUACAAUCGUCUCGAUGCGCUAGAAGCACUGUGCCGCUUCUCCUGCUAUCUUUGCUUGUUAGUUAGCUUAGCUCGCUAGUUAGCUUAGCUUCUUAGCUGCUAACAGAAGUUAUCAACACAUCGCUAAGUAGAGAUCAAGUGUGAGAGUAAAGUGUUGGGAUUGUGUGAAAAUGUCUACAUUACAAAUGUUGAGAGCGUUGGUGGAUCAGCGACUAACUGCUGCCGUUGAAGAAAUAUUUGUAGUGUUAGAAAGAACGAUAGCAGAAUACGAGGCGGAACUUUCUAGAACAAAAGAGGAGAACGAUCAACUACUGGACGCUGUUUUCAAGAAACAUCAAGUUGUGUUACACAGAACAGAUGUCGAAGAAGAACAUUUUCCUUAUGAGCAGGAAGAAGAGCCACAGCACCACCACAUUAAGGAGGAAGAAGAGGUACCACAUUCCCAUCACAUUAAAGAGGGAGGAGAGGAGCCACAGUCCCCCCAUAUUAAAGAGGAAAACGAGACUCCACAGACCCAUAGUGUUAAACUGACCCUUCACAUUAAAGGUCAAGCGGAGGACCCACUGAUGUUACACAUCAAAAAUGAAGAGGAGGACCCACUGACCCCUCACUUUAAGGAGCAAGAGAACCCGCUGACCCCUCACAUUAAAGAGGAAGAGGAGGACCAAAAGCUGCUGCACAUUAAAGAGGAAGAGGAGGAACACAGCAUCAGUCAGCCUAAAUGGUUGGAGGAGUUCCCAGUGACUGGUGUCCCUGUGAAGAGUGAAGAUGAUGAGGUCAAAGGUGAAAGUGAGGAGAAGAGCAGCAGCUCAACACAACACAUGACAACAGAAGCUGAUGGAGACCACUGUGGAGGAUCACAAGCAGACAAGCUCUUAGCUCCACUAUCAGAUAGUGAGGACACAACGUCACACUCUCCUGACACUGAUGAUGAAGACUCUAAAGAUGAUAAGACAUGUCACACUGACAACACUCACCUCAAAUGUUCCCACUGUGACAAAACCUUUAAAUACCUUAGUUAUCUGAAAAGACACAUGAGAACACACACUGGAGAAAAACCUUUUUCUUGUUCAGUCUGUGGUAAAGCUUUUGCACAAAGUUCAUGUUUGGUAAAACACAGGAGAACACACACCGGAGAAAAACCUUAUAACUGUUCAAUAUGUGGUAAAGGUUUUACAAAGAGUCUGAGUUUGAAAAUACACAAGAGGGUGAAAAAUCACAGUCCUAUUCUAUCUGCAACAGAAUCUUUUGUGAGCGAUCAAACCUUGUAGCACACACGAGAACACACCCAGGAGAGAAAGUGGUGAGUUGCAGUGUGUGUGGUGAAAGAUUCUCUUAUAAGUACAAACCCCGUUUCCAUAUGAGUUGGGAAAUUGUGUUAGAUGUAAAUAUA